AGUCGCCCCACGGCAAGUGUUUUCCCCGAACAUGGCGGACGGUGCUCGUUCGAAUUUCCACGGGACGCAAUGAACGUGCGCCGAGUUCGCCGCGGUGAUGCCGUGUACAAGAAUUGAGGGCGCGUGGUGAUCCGUGCGGGUGCCGGCCUACGGAGGGUGCCCCCGGCGUCGUCGUGAUCGGCACAGCGCGUCUGUCACCGAGCUGUCACCGCGCGGAGUCGGUUUUUUGCCGCUGCCGCCGUCGUCGCCGCUGCCCGUCGUCGUCGUCGUCGUCGUCCCGGAGGGAGCGUGAACAAAACACGAGCCGAUCGUGACGGGGCCCUCCCCAUAUGAUCGCUGCAAUAAAUGGCUGAGCGGGAUUGGAGGGAAUAAUGAGGCCCGCAUGAUUCCAGGACACGCCGAGACACGCUGAGGGUAGAAAAUGUCAGAACUUGAGGAAAGUCUGGCAGCGCCGGAUAGCACCACAAGGGAACAGCGGGUUGGCUUCUCUCAUGGAGAUGAUGUUCUUCAGCAUAAAGAUGGCAAAUUUUACCUUGGUACAGUUGUCGAGGUGGACUUGGCAAGGGAAAGAUGUCUUGUCAAUUUUAUGGACAACACAUCUUCCUGGUCCUCGUUUAAAGAGCUGACAAAGCUGGCUAUGCCAGACUCGGAUGUUAUGUGUGUUCUUUGCAAAAAAUCUCAGCCUAAGACUGACAAUGACAUUAUUGUUUGCGACAAGUGUGGACGUGGCUAUCAUCAAAUGUGUCAUCAGCCUCAAAUACCAAAACAGGAUUCAGGUGUGGAUAUUCACUGGAUGUGUAAGAGAUGUACAGAUAGCCAGCCGCGUUCGCGUGAACCUUGCGAGCCAAAAACUUCUAUGGUUAAAGCAAGUAUCAGAAAAGUUUGCAGCGGUAGGGACCAACCUCAACCACCACCAGAUGAUAUGACGAAAUUGCCGUAUGACCCUGAUAUGUUGAACUGGGAUGCACAUCACAGAGUGAACGCCGAACAAAUUUAUUGUUAUUGCGGACUUAAUGGUGAAUGGUAUGCGCAGAUGUUACAAUGUGCUCGUUGCAAGCAGUGGUUUCAUGAAAAGUGCAUCAGAUGCUUAACUCACCCCUUGUACAGCGGUGAUAGAUUCUAUGUAUUUGUUUGUUCAAUGUGCAAUCACGGGAAAGAAUUUGUUCGGCGUUUGGAAAUGAAAUGGGUAGAUCUGGUGCACCUGAUGUUGUACAACUUGACUGUUUAUAACGCUAAAAAGUAUUACGACUUGGACACUGUUAUCAUACCUUAUGCAAACGACAAUUGGUAUACGUUGCAACUUCCACCACGGAUUAGAGAUGUUAGCAUUGAAAUACGCAGGGAAUCGAUAUUAUCGAUAUUGACAAACAACAGAACUAGAUUCAAGUGCGGUAGAGAGAUAAAGAAACGUACUACAAUAUGGGGCCUCCGUGUCAGACUGCCACCACCUUGUCCAGUCGUCAACCUUCCAGCCUCCGGUGAAAUAGACGAUUCCGUGUUACGUAGAUGUUGGUUGGGUGUAAACAAAAGACUGCAGUAUCUUCCUCCACAAAUAGGCCCUGUGAGUUUGCCAGAAAGUACAAAACAAUUGAUCGCGUUGAGGCAAAGCGUGGCCGAGAAUGUAGAAAUUUCUGUGAAUCCUUCGGAUCUAGUAAUGCGAGGUACACUUUAUCAAAAUUCGGAAGCAGAACAAAGUUCGUGUCCGAGUCCAAGUCCACCCAGUCAAUCGACGCAGUCGUUGAGAGAAAGGUAUAGCGGUGGCGGUUGUAAAAAAUCAUUCCCAUUUCCAAAGUUGAGCUUACAAAGAAGACGUCGUCUGAUGGCAUUAGGUAGUUCACGAGAAAGAAUGUUACGUAAACAUAAGAAAAGGGAGAAAGGAGACGGUACCAUGGGAAAGUCGCAAGGAGUUCGAGAAGCGAGAUACAGAAAAGCGAGGAAAUUAUUGAAAAAUGCCAUUGCCAAGAGCAAAUCACGAAGUUCUGAAGCAUCCGAUCUACCACCGACACCUCCGACUUCCGUUUCCGGACCGCCGACACCACCAGCCACAACAUCAGGCAUGUCCGAGUUAUCCGUACCUAGUUCCGUGGAUCUGAUGCAUCCUAUGCCACCAUCGACGCCGGCGGAUACGAGCGGAGAUGAGACCAGCUCGCGAGGGACCCUCGAUUCCUUUAUUCCACCGCCCAAGGAUUUCGAGGGGAAGAACAAUCCGUUCAGCGAUCUUGUAGGUACGCCCUGCAGCCUUACAGGAAACUCGAGCACGCCGUUACCCUACAACCAGUGUCCCAUCACCUUACCCCUACCGCUGACACCUGUGAUCUCGCAACCGCCGGUGGUGCGUCCGGCCAAGAGGCAGCUAUCCGAGAAGGAUAUUAUCGUGGACAGAAAUGGGCAGGUGAAGCGCAGAAGGCAACAUCGACGAGGACGUCCGUCCCAGCAGCAGCUGCAGCAACAAUUUCAGCACACCGCCAGCAAAACGGCGGCCAUUCUGCCGGCUCGUAAUAACGAAGUUAAAAGUGAAUUUGCCAGGAAUUUAAGAAGUUCAUUUAAUGGUGCCUCGAGCAGUGCGAGUAGUCAAAUUGGGAAUUGUGUGGAUUAUGCCUUAAACGGUAGGAGGUUGAGACAGCGGCAGAGCAAUGAUAAAUUGCCACCUCCUCCCGAUUCGCAACCGCAAAGAAAGAGCAGCAUGCCUUCAUCUCCAAAGUGUUCGCCCGUGAAGCAAAGUGCGCCCGACAUAUCUCUGGAUGAUUUGAAAUCGUCGGUGAAUAUUUACUUUGGUGCGGCUAACAGAAUCGCUGCCGGUGAAAAGUUCGUUAUCAAAGCGAAGAGGAUAGGGCCGAACGGUCAGACACAAUACCUCAUCGAAUGGGAGGGACUCAAUACUUAACGGUAAAUAAAUAAUCCGCUUACUACGAAAUAUAUUGCAAUCGUAUACAAAUUUUAAGUUCAGAGUUACAUCAAGUAAGUGUAUUAAGAUGGCCGAUCCAGCUGCCGGAAUCCUGUAAUCAAUUCUCGGUGUGUUUUACAAGCAAAAUAAUUGUGAUGAAUUGUUUUGCGUCACGUGCACUGCCACUUAUUACGUACAUUUCAUCAAAAUGUAUGUAUUUAUCGGCGUAGAAUAUGUGAAUGUUCUUGUAAAUGUAAAUACGUCGCGUACGUUUUAUUGAAUUAUUAAGGCUCCUGGAUUCUCGCCGCAGCUAUGUUAGAUUGUGACGUCAGAUGCGAGAAAGCACACGCUGAAAAUUCUUAGAUGCCAUUUUUAAAUGAAAAUAUAUUUCAAUGGAACAUUAUUUCAGAUGGCUUUUGCACACUCUUAAAAUACUUCAAAAACUAUUCUUUUCUUUUGAGAAUCAAUCAACAACCGUAAAAUGAAUCGUGAUAUCAGACUUUGUCAUGACUGCGCACGUGCAAAGACGGACUGAGUCACUCAUAUUACAGUCAUUUUACAGCUGUUGAUUGAUUAUUAUUAAGGGAUAGUUUUCUCGAGAUAAGAGUGUGCUAAAUUCAUUUGAAGUGUUGUUUCACCGAAUAUCUUAUUUCGAAAUGGCAUUUAAGAAUUUUUAGCGUGUGUUUCCUCGCCUCUGACGUCACAAUUCCAAGAGGGUCGACGUCCAGGAGUCUUAAUUUAACAAUAAUUUUUUUUUCUUACGACUGACAGACUUUUUAGUCGUUCGAUGCAUGUGUUUUUAUGCAUUUCAUCUAUUUAUCUAUUUUUAUUUAUAAAAAAACGUUCCGUAUUGAUUCUUGAUGUACACAUACCUUUUCAUUCAUCAUUCACACAUUUAUUUUAACGAUGAGUAGUAGGCGAAAAAUGCUCGUUUUAAUGAUAUUUACAAGAACAGUCAGACGUAUUGCUUAUCAGUUGUAAAUAGUGUAGCAUAGUAGACUUGCGGGGAGGGAUUCGAUGAUGUAAGCCGCGCGAAAAUCAAGUUCCGUGUUGCUUUACGUCCGCGUCUUAUAGGAAGAUUGGCCGAUCUUAUCCCUGAAUAUCCAGGGAUAAGACCACAAGUACGACAUAACAAAAGGAAAAAGUGAAUUGCAACAGACAGUUGUCGUUCCUCUCACUUGAACUAAUAUACUAGCGAGAAUAUUAGCGGCUAGUGAUAAUAAAAGAGAGUAAAAAACAAAAGCAGACGUAUGAUACUGCGAAGGUUAUUUUUCAAUACACUCGUAGAGAGAGAAAGUAGUUUCUGUGACUUCUGUAACUUCAUUGUCUUGGAUUACAUUUUUACUUUUUCGAGUAGACGACAAUACGAUGCGAAUCAAAAAUUUUCCAAUAGAUAAAUUUCAUCUAUCACAUGUGAUUGUUAAAAAUACAGGAUGUCCCAUUUUAAUCGAUCACCCUCAAAAACUUUUUCAUUUUAGAUCGUAUAAAAUGUUUCAAGCAAAAGUUGUUUGAUUUGAAGGGGGCAGAAGAUGGUGCUGCAGACUUUUUUUAAACGGUACUUUUCAAAAUCAUUUAAAGGUCAUUUAUGUUAUUCUUAAAUGGAAUAUAUUACUAUAUAUAUAUAUUUUAU